CAGACCUUACUUAAAGUCGAACUCACGCUAGCGGGGUCCGGCGUGGGCGUUGUUGUUUUCCAGCACAGUGCCGCUAAAUGCCGUUCGGCGAGUGAAAAAAAGACAGAAGAAAAGGAAAAAGAAAACCACCGAGUCAGCAAUUCUUUAAUAGUUGACAUUGACAAGAAAGUGGGUCGAGGAUGGAGAUGUCCUAUGACAGUCCGGCAGGAAUUGAAGAUCUGCUGAUGGAAUGUGAUGAGGACGAGCUGUGGUGGCCGUCCAUUGAGGAAGUUUCAGGAGAGGAGGAGAAGUACUCACUUAGCAAAAUGGUCGAGACUCCCUGCAGCCCUGUGAAGGAGGAUGAAUCCCUGGAAAGCUCCGUGGCUGUCCCCAUUCCCACAGACAUUCUCCCAACCCAAUCGGCAUCAGAGACCCCUCUCCAAUGGCCCUGGACCCCAAAUUCUCCACGGGCUCCUCUUGGAUUCAGACUAAACGGACAACCAGUAAACAUGCUACCGGGAGGGGAAGGGACCAAGCUGAGGUUACUCACGCAGCCGGCGGGCUCGGCAAGCGGCUUUAGCAGCCUCCAGAUUCCUGUUACCCUCAAGAUCUCCAACCACGUUGGUGUGCAUGCAGUUAACACCAUGGCCACUCUGAAAGUUCCUCUUCACGAGCCCAGGUCUCCCUCACCACCUAUCUGCCCUGUACCGCCACCUGUACCCAAAGAAGACCUUAUCCCAAUCAUCACUGGAGUGGUAUCUGGUGCUGCAGCGGAGAAGGUUUUGAGCGGCCACAAUGUAAACUUCACUCCCCAGACUGCUGAGCUUGUAUCCAGCCCACCGCCUUCGGCGCUUAGGCUCCAGAGUCUGGCCCAGGCCCAGAACCUCAUCAGCCAGCCGGGCAUGGCCAUAACCUCUCCAUACCUCCUUUCUCCACCCGGUAGCCGCAGUAAGACAUCUACCACAGUUCCCAAGCUCCCACACGGAGGUAUAGUGGACUUAUUUGAUUUUAAUGAAUCUGUUCAAUAUCAGCAUAUUCACUAUUUUCAUAGGAUAUAUAAAUACACACACAACCCCAAGUCAAGGGGGCUAACUGUCUCUGCUUGGUCCUUCCACCAACAGCGCUGCAGCACUGAGAUCGCCAACAGUCUGAAACGCAUGAGGUGGAAUUACACAAGCAGGACCAUGUGCAGAACCUCCUCCAAGAGUAAACUGGCUAAAAAGGAGCCGCACACCGUUAAGUUCUCCAAAGAGAGCUGGUUAUCCUGGCCCAAAGCCUCCAAGUCUAAGAGAGAGAGAGGGGGAUUCAACUAUCCUGAUCAGGGCACCAGUCAAACACAACUCUCUCCAGACAGCCAAUCUGCCCCCAUCACUUUCAGCCCCAAUCAGCAUCAUUCAGAGCCUCCCCAAGAACUCCCCAAGAGCAACAUUGUCAUCCUGGUGGAAGACUUCUACUAUGGCACUGACAAACAGCGGAACAUGACAAAGUUAUUAUGGCGGCGGAAAAAAUUAACCAGUCCAUACCACUGUAUCCACUGUCACAAGGCGCUACGAAACAACAUCAAGCUGAUGGCUCACAUGAAACAGCAUGCAAGGGAGAUGAGUCAACAGCAAGAGGAGAUGGACAGACACGUUUCUUGUCUGCAUUGCUACAGACAAUUCAAUUCCCCCUUCAGGCUGCAGUGCCACCUGGAGGCUGUACACAGCCAGUGCGAGUCAACGGCUAAGUGUCAGAUCUGUGAAUUGGCCUUUAAGAAUGAAGCAGCCUUCCUGCAGCACAUGAAGCAUACCCACAAGCCCGGAGAGAUGCCGUACAUCUGCAAGGUGUGUGACUAUCGGUCGUCGUUCUACUCAGCAGUGUUGUCCCACUUUAAAGAGGCUCAUGCUGACACCUGCUUCCUGCUCUGUCCAUACUGCCUCAAGUUACUACGCAGCAGCUCAGCCUAUCAGGACCACAUCACCAAACACCAGAGGAAGUAUGUGUUUGGCUGUGACAAGUGUCGUCUUCAAUUCCUGCACUCUAAAGAACGCGUUGAGCACCGAGCAUUGCACCACAAGACCCACGUCCGACCCCCACAACUCAACGGACUCAAGCCUGGCACUAAGGUGACAGUCAGGACUUACUCUGUGGUAGGUGAUCAGGCUGUGGGAGAGGAAAUAAACAGCAGUUUCCAACCAGCUUCCAAGGUCUGUUCCACUGAUACCUCCAACCAGAUGACAGAGGUUCCCCCAAGCACGCCCCCCCUGGACACCCUCAAGAAACCUGUGGAGAGCCUGUCACCCCUGCUGUCUACCCUCAGUACACACAGUAUCGUACAGAGAAAGGCGCCCCAGACCAUCUGUGUAGAGUGUCUAUGUUCUGUCCCAAACUUCAGCGUUCACUUCCCUACACUGGUCAGCUGCUCCAUGUGCAGAUACAUCACCUGCUGCUCCAGGGCCUAUGCCAAUCACAUGAUCAGCAGCCAUGUGAGCCGAAGGACCAACAGCAAAUACAAGGUCAUGUACCAGUCAUUUCCGAGUUUGUCAGGAAGGACGAGAUGUGUCUCGUGUGGAUUCUCCACCACUACAGGAGACAUGAUGGCCAAGCACCUUACAGAACAUCCACAUCACUAUGUCUGUACCCUCACACAGCCAGAGCUGGCUGUUGGUGUUCCUUUGCCUGGAGUAAAAAAAUCAAGCCGCACAAAACACAGCGUUCAUCUGUCAGACUCUACAAAGCAGUCGAUGUGUCUCCCAGGGUCCAGUCCCAGGAGUCAGGGCGGAGCCUUCAUCCCUAUCCACCUCCUCCCCCCUGGAUCCUCCUCCACCCAGCUGUCGGUCAAGCCCCUCACCUCCCCCGUCCCGCUCUCCUCCUGCCCCGCCAUGACCAUCCAGUUCCUGGCGCCCUUCUCGACUCCUGCACAAGUGAAGACAGUGACCCCGGCGGAUUCUCUUUGUGUGAAUGAAGAGUUAUUGUUGAAGAGAGUCCUGCCGCCCUCUGUUCCCAGACCCUCUGUGCCGCUGAGUGUGGACCAGCUGAGGGUGGUUCUGUUUGCUCUGUGUAAUGGACUCUCCCAGGCGGCUCACCAGUACCAGACAGGACCGGCUCUGAUCCAGUGCUGGAUCCGGCACCACGACCAGUUCCGGGCCACCAGUGCAUGGAUCUGGAGCAGCGACCGGAUUGCAGAGUGGGUCCUGAAUCAGCGAGAACAGCAGUUGAUCAUUAGUGAAGAAGUCCUCCUCCGGAUGGCAAAGGAGACCCUAGGAAACAGCUCCCAACUGGAGGAUUGGUACCAGUGGGCCGUAGACCUCAUGUUGCACCAUAGCCUAAGCCUCGAGGGCUGUAUCAAAUCCAUGAAGACACCUCUACCCCGCAAUGUCUAUGAGAGCACACGCGUGUUCACACGCCUACUCAAAAAACAGUUGCAGAAUAAGAAAGUUGAGCGUGGAGUACUCGGCACCAUGGAUGAGCUGCCCGUCUUCAUAAACAUGGACCAGUUCGCCACACAGAACUCCUCAGCCUUCCGGUUGUUUGGCGAGCCGGCCGAGGCCCCCCUGUUUGACAUAGUCCUCUCUGGACUGGCGGACGGAACCUUCCUCAGGCCUGUGGUGUUCUUCAGAGGCCAACCACCAGACAUACCUCCGGAUUUCCCAGAUAAUGUGCAGCUAGAGGGUCGACCUGAAGGCUUCACAGACCAACAACGGCUGGACCUCUGGCUGAACAAGGUUUGGCGCCCCCGUCUGGACACCCAGAGAGGAGCCCAGCUGAUAAUAGACACACACCGCGGACACUUGAACACCGACUUCCUGUCUGCACUAAACACCGCCCACACCAGACCAGUUGUCAUCCCCAUUGGCUGCUCCUGCCGCCUACAGCCACUGGACGUCUGCAUCACACCAGUGAUCCGAGCGUUUCUCCAGGUCAGUUGGAACCAGCUGCUGUCCCAGGGAGGGGUGGAGAGUUUGGGUUUGCACCAGCUGGCCCUCACCUUGACCUGCUGGAUGAGUGAGGUGGCCUCCAUGUUGAACUCCAUGUCUCACAUCCUGAGCAGGUCCUUCAACAUGGUCUCUACACCUCCUCACGAGGAGAAGCAGCUGUUGAAUAAAGAAGAUCCUGGCCAGAUGAUCCAGGCCCUGACUGAGGUUCUUCUCGGAUCAGUGGAGGCUGACAAACAGCCGGUCAAGCCAAUGGAGAGGAUAGUAGUUAUGGAAGAGGAGGAAGGCUGUAGAGCAGAGAGCUCCACCUCUCCGCAGGAGCUGUGUGGUCUGGGGGCUGUGUAUCAGCUGUUUGAGCAGGAAAGUGACCAGGAAUCUUUCUAUGGCUUCCAUGAGGAGCCAGGAGAUCUCUGCCUCCCCUCACCUGAAAGUGUGACCAGCUCAGCAGGUCGGAGAAAGGAGGAAAUGGAGUCGCUGAGCCAUGUUUUGAGCGCUGCGGAAAGCUGA